GCAAAAUUUAUGGAUAUUCUGUUGUCAGAGUGAAAGAGACUUGAGACAACAAAUGUGAGCCCAGGACUAUCUGUGUCCUGAUUGUGUGCAUGUGUUGCUUCCCAAGCACCAUAACUCUACCUGCUGAAGUAGGAGGAGUUUGGAGGUCUCCCAAAAUUUUUGGAUUGAGUAACCUCUGUAACUGUAAAAUAAAUACCACACCCCGUCAGUACAGAAUUAUUUUAUCAACUUGAUUUAUUAUUCCAUUUAUAAUUUAAUUCAAGUAGUAGGUUUAUGAUUUUAACUUACGAUUUAAUAAUAUUCCGACUAUUAAUUGGCGCUUUUGAGGUUUUAUUCCUGAUCUUUACACUAAUGUAAUCUAUUCGAAUUAAUUUGACGUUAUUUAUAGCCCUACUCGUUUAUCAGUUAUUGAGCUUUGUGAUCAGUAAAACAGGCUAAUAAUGUAUAACUAAUCAAUAAAGGAAAAAAUAACUUUGAAAUGACUUUGAUCCCACUUUGAGAACCACUAUUUUAAGCUUUAGUGGACACACAGAGAGCAAACUUUCACUUACUGGCUACCCAGGCACCAAAACAGCAGUGUGUGCCAAUACUUUAAUCUUUAGCUUAGCUUUUGAAAGCAGAAGUGGCACUUAGAGCUCACUAAAUCCCCUUUCUCAUCUUUUUAAUACGCACGCAUGGCGAUUUUCCGACUUAACAGAUUAAUGUUAAGUGGUAAAGAUGCUCAGCAUCAUUCUGCUUUUAGUCUCCUGCAGUGCAAGGUUGGACAAAGGUAAGUAAAGUGUUUGUGUGAGAGAGAUAGAAAGGGGGUGGGGUGGGGGGAGUGCUAUAAAAGGCCUGCUGUUGAGAGAAAAUGCAUCAGACUGUAGAGAUCAACAUUGUGAAGAGCAGAAGAACUGUCUGCAGGGCGACUGAUCAAGGAAGGAUGUGUGUGAAGCGAGCACUCUGGUGGAUGGUGGUGUGUGUUGUGGUGCUGCAGGUGAGCUCUCAGCACUGGUCUCAUGGCCUUAAUCCUGGAGGAAAGCGUGCAGCGUUGCAGGAGACUGUUGAAGAAAUGCCGAGGACCUCCGGCUACGUGUGUGAUUACGUAGAUGUUUCACCUCGGAAUAAACUCUACAGGCUGAAAGAUCUGCUGACCAGUGUUGCUGAGCGAGAAAUUGGACAGUAAGACAAAUAACAAAACUGAUCAAGAGCUUCAAUAAAAUGCUUUGCCUUUA